CGAUUCCGAGCCCAAAGCUCAAGUUCAACAAUCAGUUAUUCCGUCUUUCUCGCGGUACUAGGGUCUGCAAAAUUCCCUUCUACCCUUAAACUUGAACCCUUCCUUUCUCACCACCGUCAACACCACUGUCUUCACCCUCACAAUCAGUGAAACGUAAAAAAAUACUCACAAAAGUUCGCUAUGGAUUUCGACGACCUAGAUGCACCUGUAAAACCUCGGGUCUCGCGGUUUGCGCCAAAAUCAUCAAAAUUCAAACCUAAAAAAGAAGAGCCAUCACUCGUUCCCAAAUCCGAACCACCGCCACUCGCUUCUGCUAAAACAGAACCACAGGAAAUUGAUUUAACCGCGCCCACUCCGGUGAAGCAUGAACCUAAUGCUUCCGUUAAAACUGACGCUGAAUCGAAGAUUGAAGGUAAAGUUGAUUCGAGAAAUGUUGAUGUGGAAAUGACUGAGGCGGUUGAUGGUUCUAGAGAAGUUAAUCCUAUGGAUGAAGAGGAUACAGUUGUUCGUGAAAUUGAUGUGUAUUUUUCGCCUUCUAUUGAUAAUGACACGAAGUUGUAUGUCAUGCAAUAUCCUUUGAGACCAUCUUGGCGGCCUUAUGAUCUUGAUGAACAAUGUGAAGAGGUUAGGUUGAAACCUGGGACUUCAGAAGUAGAGGUUGAUUUAUCUAUUGAUUUGGAGUCAUAUAAUGUUGAAAAAGCCACUGCCGAUAAAUUGAAAUAUACAAAGCAGACUCUGUCAACUACGUGGAAGCCGCCUCCUGCAAAUGGCUGUGCUGUUGGGCUUCUUAUGGGAGAUAAGUUGCACCUUCAUCCAAUUCAUGCAGUUGUGCAGCUCCGGCCAUCACGACAUUAUCUCGAUUCUGGGGGCUCAGAAAAGAAAAAUGUUGCUACGUCAAAUAACCAGAAUAAGCAGACAACGCCGUCAAUGGAGCAAAAGAGUGAUGGUGCGCCUUCAAUUGAGCAAAAGAGCGACAGUAAUCAGUGCUGGGUUCCUCUCGAGUACCAUGGUUGCAAGAGUGAUAUCUCAUCUAGAUAUUUUCAGCAAAUGGUUACACACGAAAGUUCUCCCAUAAACUUUGAAAUGAGCACGUAUGACUACAUUGCUACACUAUGUCCUGGAGUGAGCAGCAACACUUUAGCUAAAGGUCCUUCUAAAAGGUAUCUUCUAUCAUUGCCGGUGGAAAAACGUCUUCAGACAUUGCUGAUUGAGGGCCCUCCACUUCACCGUUUUAGUGCUAUCAAGCACUUUGCUCCUGAAUGCUCUGAUGACGAACUGCUGAGUGUUCUGGAGAAGCAAGCACAAUUGCUGCGGGGUUACUGGGUUCCAAGAAGUAGCUUGCUGUUUCCUACAGGCGGUAUAGAAAGUCUGGCAAGAAAUUAUAUCCUUGUAAGGUUUCACAAGAGUUUGACAGUUAAGUCUGAUGAGCUGAGAAGGCUCGGUGGCGGUGAACUUGGUAAUCGCAUGAAACACUUUGUGAUGCAAUUUGCUUUGGAAAAGUUUGAUCUAAAAUCCAAAGAAAAUUAUUGGAAGUUCAAAGAGCUUCCUGACGAGUCCUUCAUAAAAGAAUUUCCAAUUGUUGUUAAAAAACAAGAAGAAAUUUUUAAGAUCUUGGAAAAUGAGGUAAAUAGUAUUAUCGGUACUCUUGGAGGAAAAAGAAAACUUAAAAGUGCUAUAACAAACAGUGGUGUCAACAAUGCUCUUUUUACAUCAACAAAUUCUGAUCCACGGGCAACAAGUUUGGGUGAAGAUCCUCCUAGGAGCAUGACCAUGUCAAGUGAAACUCGUCAUGCUCUGCCAAUUGCCCUCAAGAAGCUUUUUCAAACUCACAAAGUUUGCAGCUUCCAAUUGAUAUGCCAAGAAUUGCGUGGAUUGGCACUUGCCCAAACUAUGCUCCCAAAGGGAGGUUCUAAAAUGUCUGUCGAUGCAGCUAAUAGUCUUGAUGUUCCACAAGACGAGCUGAAGGCUAUCUUGGGUGAAGUUGCAUGUGAUAUCCAUGGUUGUUAUGUGUUAAAAUCAGCACAAAAUGAUCCAUUCAGAGAUGUUGUAAUUGAUAUGCUUCGUGGAAGUGGACCCAAUGGGAAGCUAAAGAAGGCUGAGAUACUUGAAGCUGCAAGGAGAAAACUCGGUAGGGAUGUCCCCAACAAUGAAUAUAUCAAGGCCGUGAGUGAGUUAUGUGUCUCAAAAGGUUCUUUCUGGGUCUUGAAAAGCGGGGAUGGAAGUAAGCAAUGAUACAAAGGCCAACUGAUUGCUUCUGCAGAACUUUCAUUAUCCUACUAACAAAAUUUUGUGGGUGUUCUAAAUUUUUGUUGGAUUGUCUCAUUUUGUUUGAUAAGGAAAUUUUCUUAGCCUUUGGUGUGAUUUUUUUUAUUUUUUUAUUUUUUAUAUAAUUUUUAAAGAGUUAUUUUUUUAUUUUUUUAGAAAAAAUUUAAGUUUUUCCAAACACGUACUGUCCCGCAUAAAACGCAAGGGUGUCCUUUGUUAUCUACUCUUUCAACAAAAACAAACCUUGUUAACAUCUGAUCGAAAUCAUAUAUGCUUAUUAAAAAAUGUGAACAGUGUAUCUUUUUCUUUCAUUGUGUAUAGUGAAGUUCCUUUAAGACAAAUUACGGAGGACGCCAAAUUCCACCAAGGAACGUUGGCAAUUGCAACGA